AUGACGAGAAGCUUUAGCUUGACGUCAUGUCAGCUUAUGAGUGGUUGUACUGCCUGCGGAAGGUUCACCGUUCCAACUACAAACAAGACGACCAAACCUAACCAGCAUAUAAUCAAGCACUAUCUGACCAACAAGAUGCCUCUAUUACUUGACAGCCUUGAGAUGACGGUGAUCAUCGACAAUGAGCUGGAUGUCAUGUCUCCUCCACCUCCCACCGCUGUGGGUUCAAUCAUCUCCCACGGUUCACUGGGCAAUAUCUCUCGGGAGUCCGCCCACGUCUGUCGGGGCAACGAAGAAGUCCGUGAGCUGAAGAUGGAGAGCAUCUGCUGCGCAGCCCAUGGACUAUCUAUCUUACUGGUACUCGUGCUGUACACCCCAUAUAAGACGUUAAGACUGACAGUGGACAGACAGGUACUAUUGGAAAUGAAAAGAGAAGCAUACUGUUUGAUACUGGGCCAGAGGAAGACACAUGGGAACGAAACGCGAAGAGACUCGGUGUAG